AUGAACAGCGCCACCACCCGCACAGCCGGCUUCGCCGUCGCCCUGUUCGUCUUCCUCGAUGCCGCCAUCUACUCGAAAUCCGCUCUCAAUGGCUCCGACGUACACAUGACCUUCAUCGACUGGAUCCCCGUCAUCUUCAGCGCCCUCGGCAUGCUCAUCGUCAACUCGAUCGACAAGACGCGCCUUUCUGCUGAUAACUUCAGCUACAGCGGUGAUGGUAUUGCCUGGAAGGCUCGUGUCGUCUUGUUCAUGGGCUUUGCUGCUAUGGCUGGUGGUCUUGCUGGCGGUGUUACCGUCAUGGUCCUGAAGUACAUUGUUCCGCAAUACACCUUCCCUACCCUUUGGUUCGGUGUCGCCAACGUCAUCGCCAAUGUUCUAGUGUCUCUUAGCUCUGUCGUCCUGUGGGUCUCGCAGAACAUGGAGGAUGACUACACCUACAACCUGCAGCUGUAG